ACACGAAGAGAACGAACAGAAAUGACUCCUCCAGGUCGUAGCAGUAGUCGGAGUGGAACAGAAGGAGGAGAUUCCGACUCUGACAGCGGAGGAGGGAUUUAUAGAGCUAGAACAGUUACAAGUACAGAAAGAGUUCAAAUAGUACAAAUGCCAAUGGAAUUGAGCCAAGUUAGCUCCGAGCAACUGGAAAUGAUUUCUUUAUCGCCAGAAACUGAAGCGAGCAGAGAAGUUUGUACAACUACAACAACUAUUGAAGCUGGAGCUGUGCCUAUUGUUGGAGGUUUAACUAGUUCUGGGGUGAAUUUUCACAUUUUGUUUGCCUAG